AUGAAGGCUCCUCGGAGGCCGAUCUACGCCGUGAUAACAUGGCUCCGGCGGCAACCGCCCAAGGUGAAAGCUUUCCUGGCCGUGGUCGCCGGCAUGGCGACACUGGUCUUGCUCCGGGCCAUCAUCCACGAUCACGAUAAUCUUUUUGUUGCCGCCGAGGCUGUUCACUCCAUUGGGAUAUCGGUUCUCAUCUUCAAGCUCAUGAAAGACAAAACUUGCGAUGGGCUUUCACUCAAAUCCCAAGAGCUCACAGCUAUGUUUUUAGCUGUCAGACUCUACUGCAGUUUCGUCAUGGAAUAUGAUAUGCACACACUUCUUGAUUUGGCUACACUGGCUACAACACUCUGGGUUAUUUAUAUGAUACGUUUUAAUCUAAAAUCAAGUGGCAUGGAGGACAAAGACAGUUUUCCAUUAUAUUAUGUGGUUGUCCCUUGUGCCUUUUUAGCUUUACUAAUUCACCCAACUACAUCACACCACAUUGCAAACAGGAUCUGCUGGGCUUUUUGUGUGUACUUGGAGGCUGUGUCUGUUCUACCUCAACUCCAUGUGAUGCAAAACACAAAGAUUAUUGAACCAUUUACAGCUCAUUAUGUUUUUGCAUUGGGCAUUGCAAGGUUCUUAAGCUGUGCUCACUGGGUUCUACAGGUUUUGGAUAGUCGUGGGCAUCUCCUUAUAGCUCUAGGUCAUGGUUUAUGGCCUUCUAUGGUCCUUAUAUCAGAAAUUGUUCAAACAUUCAUCUUAGCAGACUUCUGCUACUACUAUGUACAAAGUGUUUUUGGAGGACAGCUUGUGCUGCGCCUUCCUUAUGGAGCAGUGUAAUGGCCGGUUGCACUCGAAGUAGCAAGAAUAGUCAAGUGCACUCACUUUUACUUAUGCAGCGAGCAAUGGCUUUUCUUAUGUAUCUUAGGUAUCUGAAAUUAGUUGGUUUUCUGGAAAUAACAGUAACUUGAUUCAUUAACGCUAACUUAUGAUCUGAGAAUGUAUUUCAGUUGCCCUGAAUCUCUUGAU